AUGGGGUCCAGCAUGCUUGAGGUGCUCAAUACUCAGAUUGUCGUGCCCAGAAUUAAAUCAAAAAGGGCAAAAUGUUCCGACUUUACCUACAGAGCACAUGCUCGCAAUCGAGAAAUGCAUUAUGAUCCGAAAAAAGGCACAUACAAGGCUACUACAAUUAACUUCUUCCUGACAGAAAAAGAGCUGGAAUUCAAUUGUGAUGAUGUGAGUGUGCCUGAUAUUCCCGGGAUGUUCACAACCUUCCAUGCUAAAGGCAAACCUCUGUUUGUUGAAGCAAGACAUUUCAAUAAUCCUCUACAUUAUGCUAAACUCAUGGGCUAUGAUAAACCUAUGGAUUUCAAGUUGGGAGAAAUAGAAGAUUCUGAAAACAACCAAAAAUAG